AUGUCUUUCAACUCCAAGAUCUUUGGCCUUUUGGUCCUUGCUACGUAUGUUUUAGGGACCACGUGCCCCCUGGCUGGACCAGGAUUCCCGUCAUCUGCACAUCUUUCGAACAGCUCAGCCUUAAGCCAGUCUAUCGCAAAAUUUGAGAAACUGUCUCGAAGCACCAGUUUGAAAGGCAACGAUGCUGCGUGGGCAGUAGCUCUCUUCUCGUCUAGAGAAAACAAGACCUUGUAUGAGCACUAUUACACACCUCCAGUUGAUAUUGGGGUAUCGAGAGUGGAUCGUGAUUCUAUCUUUCGCAUCGGAAGCGUAACCAAGGUUUUCAGUGUCUGGUCAUUUCUGAUCGAAGCUGGUGAUGAGUACUUUCAUGAACCAGUUACCAAAUAUAUCCCGGAGCUUGCAAACUCGAGUUGCGCUAAAGGGGCCAACCAACAAGAGGUGUAUAACGACAUCGACUGUAUUCGGUGGAAUGAAGUUACCUUAGGCCAACUUGCAAGCCAGUCUGCUGGAAUCCCUCGCGAUCCUACGUACAAUGACCUCGGAGCUGAACUCGACUUUGCCCAAGCUGCCGCUUUUGGGUUUCCAGUCCUGGAAAAGCCAGAAAUUCCAAUAUGUGGCGCACCUGGAACUAACCGGACUUGUACGCGUACUGAAAUGUUCUCUUAUCUCUUGAGGCAGCAUCCUUCUUAUCCGACAGCACAAUCUCCAGCGUAUAGCAACAUUGCUUUUGCACUCCUUGGGUACGCUCAACAAGCCAUCACUGGGGCCCCCAUAGGCGGCGCUAUAACCAACAAUAUCCUGAAAGCGCUCGGCAUGAGCCACAGCAGUUAUAAGGACAUACCAUCACAUGGUGGUGUGAUCCCAGGUGGGGACCCGACUGCUGUUGGCUGGGAUGAGAAGUUAGGCCUUAACAGCCCUGCUGGAUCCAUGUACAGCUCAACAUCUGACAUGAUUAAGGCCGGCCAAGCGCUGCUUCAGUCUAAACUACUGUCACCAGCUCAAACCCGUCGAUGGCUCAAACCCUUGGCACAAACAGGAUACCUUAGCACUGCUGUUGGGGCACCGUGGGAAAUUCGUUAUUUGACCUUGUCUGAUAAUCGCAUCAGCCAGCUUUACACUAAACAAGGCGACGAAGGCAAUUAUCAUGCGGCAUUGGUGCUCUCACCCGAGCAUGACCUUGGCUGGAUUGUGCUCACUGCUGGUGUACCGACUGUAAACGUGGCUAGCGUCCGAGAUACACUCCUGAAUGUCUUCGGUGACUAUUUCCUCCCUAUGGCCGAGCAGCAGGCUGCAGAAGAAGCCAAGUCGAAUUUUGUCGGGACUUUCGUCGAUGAAGCUUCCAAUAGUUCAGCGGUAAUCGAAGUAGGACCGUCAGAUAGCCCUGGACUUUUGGUUAGGAAACUGGUUAGUCGGGGAGUUCAAGUCGUAGGGCCUGAGAGUCCGCUUAUACAACUAUACGGUGCUGGACAAUAUGCCAGGCUCUAUCCAUCAAAUCUGCGAGCUACUAGCUUGUCUAAAUCGGGAUGCAGAACUUACGAUUCCAGGUUGGGCUUCAGGGCCACAUUCUUCAACGCAACGGAACCAGGCAAGGUUGAAGACCCGUGCUUAGAAGCUUGGACCGCCCUGGGCGCUCCAACGUACGGGCAAGUCGCUCUAGAUGACUGGGUUUUCGAAAUAGGAGAGGAUGGUCGAGCGCAGUCUUUGGAUGUGAGGCUGCUGCGACUCAAGAUGAAGAGGGUAUAA